AUGCUUGGAUAUAUUCAAACUAUAGCUCUUGCUAUGGCAAUGGUGGCAUUUGGAUGGCUUUGCUACGGAUCUUACAGACCUACAUUUUUACAGGAAUGUCAACCAGACAUGUCCAAAAUUGAGUCAAUAAUCAAGUCAUCUCUCCAAAAAUUCUUAAAUAUUCGCAAGUAUUUUAAACCAAAUCAGAUUUGCAAAGAUCCUUCCAGAUUCACACUUGGUUCUCCUUUUGCCACUCCUAGUUUUCCCUCAGGGCAAAUUGCCUCAGUAAUGUCUGUUUGGGUCUACUUUCUAUUAUAUUAUGCAGCCAAAGUAAAUAGCUUCAUUCAAUACAAGACAUGGAACAGAAGAAGAGGGCAAUUCUUCAAAGUCAUCCUAUUCUUCCUCCUAUUUCUGGUGCCAGUUUGGGUGGGCGUGUCGAGAAUUGUCACUAAUAGACAUACUGUAGCUCAGGUCAUUGUUGGUGGUUUGAUUGGUAUUAUUUCUGCACUAUUAGUUUACAGAUACAAGUAUUGCUCACUGUUUGGUAUUGAUGCCAAAACUCCAAAUUAUUAUUUGUGGUAUAGAUUGUAUCCUCAAAAGAAUCCACAAGUAGAAACUUCCCUCCAACCAAAUACCAUUCCAUAA